AUGGAUGUGGACAACAUUAGCCAGGUCAAACGUAGUGAUGGCCGACUAAGUAGAGUCCGAGAGAAGCAGGCUGUGAGACAGCUGACCUCACUGCUGGCCCGAUUGGACAGAACCUUGCCCCGGGUCACUGCUCGGGACACCAGACGAGUCCUGGGAUCCCAGGAGAGACUGAAGUCACUACACGAGACAGGGAGGGAGGGGCUGUGGGAGGAGUUUGGAUUCUGUCUGGACGUGUGCGAGAGUCGGCUGACCGGAGGAGGGAGGGGCGUGGCCAUCUCACAGGGGAAAGUCCCCGCUGGACACCUCGUCGCACUGUAUCCAGGUAAACUCAUAGUUUUGUUGGAGAGAAUGAAGUAA